AGCUGGGGUGCGCGCCGCCGGUGGACACCAAGUUCGAGGCGAGCUUCGGGGGCCCCGGCGAGCUGGACUGGGUGGACAUGAGCCUCGUGGACGGGUGGACUCUGCCGUUCAAGUUCGAGAUGCAGGGUACCUGUUGGGCCGCGGAGGGCAACAGACAGGUCGAGUCGGUGGUCGACUGCUCGAAGUUGUCCCUCGACGAGUGCCCGAUGGCGGAGGACGCCGGCCUUGCUGGAGAUUGGCUUGCCGAUUUGCAGGUUGUCCACCCUGGUACAGGCCACACGGUGGGCUGCUACAGCCCCUGCAGCAAGCUCACGCUGGGGCACUGGCAGAACGACGCCGCGAGCGGACUGUCCCCGGUGUCCCCCGAGGCUGUGCCGUACUGCUGCCCUACUCCGCCGUCUUCGCCGGGCGCUUGCCGCAGCGGUCCGAUCGGCGAGACCAGGUACGUGCAGGCCGUGCAUCAGAAUUGUCCUGGAGUCUACGGAUAUUCUUACGACGACGGCAUGGGCUUGCUCAGGUGCACCUCAGAGACAACUUAUGAGGUCACCUUCUACUGCCCGACAACUGCGCAUCAGAGCAGG